CGGGCCCAAAUUGGAAAGAUAGCUGAAUUUGCAGUUCUCAGAAAACGGUUCUUGUUGGCGGGAAAAAAGUAAGAAGAAAUGAGCUCAUCGCCGAUCGAACCAGACACCGCCGAUCUGGUGUGUCAGCUGGACAACGUCCAAGGCAUAGUCGAUGCUCUCUCAGCCGUCCGAUGGAAACGCCACCAGGACGCAGUGGUAGAACUAUCGGAGCAUGGCGUCGUUUUAAUAGUUGAAGAAACCGGUUGUCUUCAAGCCAAAGUUUAUCUUCAAAAAGAGCUUUUUACUCGAUACCAGUUUCAUGCGGAAGGGAGACCUAGAUUUGGUCUGAGCUUGGGGCUGUUUGUUGAUUGCUUGAACACAUUUUCAGUUCCGGGGAAUUCGUCGGCAAUCGAAAUUCGAUAUCCUGGACCUGAUAUGCAGCUUCUUAUCAAGUCUGUUGAUGCCCUGGAUGCAUGUAUAUAUGCGGAAAUUAGGACAAGAAUUCCUGAUACAAUGUCAUGGGACUACAACUUUGAACCGGCGGGAAGUACGCCACUAAGUUUUACUGUUAAGUCGGCAGCCUUGAAGGAGACUAUCGAUGAUCUUGAAUGGCCAGGCUCCAGCAUCCAGAUUACUCUAAAACCAGUACCCCCAUCUGUAACCUUCAGAGGUGAAGGUCAUGGGGACUUGCAGAUAGACUUCAUGUACUAUGUAAAUACUGAUCUCUUAAUUGCAUUUCAAUGUGAUCGCCAAGUUUCGUAUAGAUACAAAUACAAGUUCCUCCGAGCAAUUACUUCUAAUAUUCCCAGCAGUGUUGUUAAAGACAACAGGGGAAGCAAGUUGACGAUUGGAAGAGGUGGAAUUUUGAAAGUUCAGCAUCUGGUUUCAGUUGGAAAACCUAUUUCACAUCCGCACUUUGAUUCUGCCGGCUAUCAGCAACCGAGCCGAAUUGCUUUUAUUGAGUUCUUUGUGAGGCCUGAAGAAGAUGAAGCCACCAUAGGUGAUUCAUAAUCAUAAUCUUCUUCUAAAUGUUUACUCCCCACCCAUUGUAUGUUUCAAAAUAUGCUUCUCUUUCUUUUUCAAAAAGUUACUAAUUAGUUAAUGUGAUCUAUUAUUAGUUAA